AGGAGCUGUAUAUGUAGGUGACUUGAUCCUCAGCAGUUGCAGACUGGAAUUGAAGAUCUGAAAGGUGAAGAUAUAAAAAUGUUCCUGAUAAGAAAAGAGGCACAAGUUUAGGAGUUUUGUUCUGAGAAACAAUUUGAUCAUGGAAGUGUAUAUCAAAGCAAUCUGAAUGUUCUUCUUGCCAAUCUCUCAAAUGAAGCGGUCUCAAAAAAGUUCUACAACUUCACAGUGGGAAAUAGUGUUAAUAAAGUGUAUGGCCUCUUCCUUUGCAAUGGGGCCUACACUGCUCAAGUUUGCCAAGACUGCAUCACUGUAGCAGCAGGGCAAGUUCAACAAAAAUGUUCCAUAUGUUGUUGAUGCAAUAGUGUUCUAUGGUCAGUGUAUGUUACGUUAUGCAAACCACUCCAUAUUCUCCAUUGUCGAUGAUUCUGUGCAUUUCGACUUUGAUUAUGGACCGCGUGUUUACCAACAGUUUGACCAGCAAUUAUCAAGCAUGUUGAUCGGCCUCUUCAAUAAGGCCAUAGUGGAUAAUACGUCAUUGGCUUCUGCAUUAGGCGUGGUCUAUGUCAGAGAAACCAUUUCACUUGCGGGCUAUGUUGAUUGUACUCCUGAUUUAAGUCCAUACGACUGUAACAGAUGCUUGCAAUCGGGACUCAGUAGGCUUCCUAUGAAUGGAAGACAAUUAGGAACAACUGCCCUGCCAAGCUGCCGGUUGUCAUACUUCUAUAUUGAUGUCAGCCCAGGGAAAAGAUUUGGUGCAUCACAGGACUUGAAGAGAUGGAGAGUAUGGAAAAUCUGCACUUGCAAUUUAGUGCUAUCAAAGUUGCCACUGACAAUUUCGCCUCUGCCAAUAAAAUAGGUCGAGGUGGAUUUGGAGUUGUUUACAUGGGAACACUUCCCGACAGACAAGCUAUAGCUGUUAAGAGGCUUGCAAGUCAAUCAGGGCAAGGAAUAAGGGAGUUCAAGUGUGAGGCAUGCUUAGUUGCAAAGUUGCAGCACAAAAAUCUUGUCAAACUCUUUGGUUUUUGCUUGGAAGGAGAAGAAAAAUUACUUGUCUAUGAGUUUGUGCCUAACAAGAGUCUUGAUCGCUUCCUGUUUGAUGAAAAUAGGAGAGUCCAUUUGAAGUGGGAAACUCGACAAAAGAUCAUACUAGGAAUUGUGAGAGGACUUCUGUAUCUUCAUGAAGAUUCUCGAUUCAGGAUUAUCCAUCGGGAUCUUAAGCCUGGCAACAUUUUAUUGGAUGAAGAAUUGAACCCCAAAAUUGCUGAUUUUGGAAUGGCAAAACUGUUUGGGGCUGACCAAACUCAAGGAAAUACCAGCAAAGUUGCUGGAAGAUUCGGAUACAUGGCUCCUGAGUAUGUUUCAACAGGGAAAUUCUCAGUAAAAUCUGAUGUUUUUAGCUUUGGAGUUAUACUUCUGGAGACUGUUACUGGACAUAGGAAUAGUGUCUCUGAGCUACAAGAAGAUGAUGAAAAUCUACUAAAUCGUGCAUGGAGGCUCUGGAACGACGGCACGUACUGCUUCAAAAUUAGUCGAUCCAAAUCUUGGUGAAAAUUGCUCGAUCCCUGAAAUGACAAGAUGCAUCCAAAUUGGACUAUUGUGCGUACAAGAAGACGCAGCUAGACGGCCAACAAUGGCCUCAAUUUUGUCCAUGCUCAGUAGCGUGUCAGUCGUUCUACCAUCACUGACAGCGCCUCCAGCUUUUCCCUACAGGAGAAACGACAUGCCUCAGCCCUUGGAUGGAAGUAAUGCACGUUUUACAGAGGUGUUUACUUCUAUGCAGGUGAGGUAACGAUAUUUUAUAUAAUUGGGAAGAAGAUAAAUCAAGGAUGUCUAAUUUUGAUAUUUUGUUUUACAUACAACGAGUGUUACUGUAUACAAUUAAGUUUAAUCACCCAAAAUCAUAUAAAAAUUGCCGUAUUAUCUAAUCAAUUUUUUAAGCAUUUGAGAUGUCUACCUUGUAUACAAAUAUCCGAUUUAUAAGUUUUUACCUUCUUUUUCCUGAUCAAUUUAUCAAUCUUAUUUUUAACUAUAUUAAUAAAGAUUAAAGUUUGAUUUUGAAAGAGGAUAUACAACAGGUAAAAUCACACUAAAUCACGUAAAAACCGCCGCCUUUUCUAAUUAACUUUUUAAGCGGUUGAAAUGACUAUGUUGUUCACAAAUACGCAUUGUACAAGUAUUUUCCUUCUUUUUCCCGAUCCUAUUUAUCAAUCUCAUAUUCUCAUUCUCAAUUACUCCGUACAUUGCUAAAGAUUAAUGUUUUAUUCGAAAGAUGAAAUUUACACCGAUAGAGUAACAAAAGGAAUUGUAAUAAGGCAUGGAUAAGGAACUGAUUACACAUGCACGUAGUAAAGUUUCAUUUUCGAAUAGUUCUUAUAUAUACGAGUGUGCUGUAUAUAACAUAUUUAGUCACCUUAAAAGUCGCCCUUUUUUGCAAUCAAAAUUUAGUAUGAUUGGGAUAAUUACCUUGUAAAUCAAUAUCCGUUUCAUAAGUUUUUUCCCUUUUCCGUUUCCUGUAUGAAACCACGAAUCAAAUUACAUUCACCCCCUUGUUUUCACAUAUUGCACUCUCCUAGGUCCUAGCUAGCUUUGUUCUUCUAAAAUCAUUAUAAUCAUUAUCACCAAGCGUCUAAUCUACCUUCCCUUAAAUCAGUUCUUUACAUGAUUUUACUUCUGAGUAAUCAAACUAACAAUUUAGGCUAUCCCCAAAUCUACGAGAUACCCAAUUAGCAAAUAGCAACUCAUUCUCUCUUCCCAGAGAGUAGAGACCUGGUGUGUAUUUGUUAACUCGUAUCGACUUGAAUCUCUAUUUCCUCGGGUCUGGAUGAAACUUCUGGGAGGUGAUCGAUUUCAUCAUCACCCUCAUCUCGCAGCAAUAAUCUACACAGAAACGAUGAAUUAAGCACAAGCAAAUGUUCAGAACUAAUUAUGGUGUGACAAAGUUCAGUUGGUAAGAUAUAGCAGAAAGCCUGAUGAAAUAAAAACUUCCCACAUCGAAACAAAUAUGUUUAUUUCCAUACUUUAUAUAUCACACAAGCAGUACAUUUAUCGCUGAGCUUAGUAACGUGAGCUUGUGACCCAAGUGGGAGCAUUAAGGUGAUGGAACAGGAUUUCAGCUCUCUGGGUCGGGCCUGUGGUUGGCAUUAUGCGGGCUCGCCCUCUCCAAGUUGAGAGUUGGUCCAUGUGGGUUGGGCGAAGGCCUGAUCUUCAUGGGCCUUAGAGUGGAGGGGACCGCGUGAGGCUGGUUUUCACAGAGCAACGAAAACCUCCCGCUCUUGUCAGUGGAAGGAUUACGAGCUUGCGCCUCCUUGGCCCAUUAGUUGCUCAGUUGGCUGAUUCUCCAAUGGACCAUCACUUAACUUUUUUGGGCCUCUCCAAGUUGAGAGUUGGUCCAUGUGGGUUGGGCGAAGGCCUGAUCUUCAUGGGCCUUAGAGUGGAGGGGACCGCGUGAGGCUGGUUUCACAGAGCAACGAAAACCUCCCGCUCUUGUCAGUGGAAGGAUUACGAGCUUGCGCCUCCUUGGCCCAUUAGUUGCUCAGUUGGCUGAUUCUCCAAUGGACCAUCACUUUUU